GAUGCCACUCUAACAGAAGCAGGUCCUCCAGCACGUUACCGACUGAACACAGAAAGAACAUAUAUUGAUGGGACGAAUAAAAAGGUCAGACGAUGGACAUAUGGAAGAAGAGACAAAAACAAGCAGAACAAAAACAAAGUCAUACUGCUGGUGGGAGAAACCGGUGCUGGAAAAACCACCCUCAUCAACACCAUGAUCAACUCCUUACUGGGAGUGAAGUUUGAGGAUGAAGAGUUUUACCAAAUCACAGAAGAAGAAAAACAUGAAGAUCAAACAAAAUCCCAGACAUCUGAGAUCACUGUUUAUGAGGUGUUUGUUGAAGAAAACCCAACAUCUCUGACCAUCAUUGACACCCCAGGAUACGGAAACACUGAAGGAUACGAGAAAGACAGAGAUAUUUCUAAGUAUCUGAGCAGAUUAUUCUCAGAUGAGGAUGGGAUUCAUUAUAUUGAUGCAGUGUGUUUUGUGAUGAAGGCGACUCAGAAUCGAAUCUCUGGAAAAGAGCUUUACAUAUUUCACUCAGUUCUGUCUCUGUUUGGUAGAGAUAUAGAGAACAACAUAGUGUUUCUGUUCACACAUUCGGAUGGAGGACGUCCAACAGAUGCUCUCAGUGGCAUUAAGAAAGCCCAGAUUCCCUGCAGAAGAGAUGAAGACGAUGAACUUGUUCACUUCUUAUUCAGCAACCGACAGAAAGAGAAGAGAACCAAACAGUAUAAGCAAGGUUUGAAAUCAGCCUGGGAAAUGGGAGACGAAAGCAGGAAUGA